GCGCGCUGUUCGCAUGUGGGUGUUUCUCUCUUCGAAAGGGGUGCACAAGUGCGUAUUCGCGAUCCUCCUGGGAUUAACGCGAUUGAUCUCGCCGCCGGGAGCAGGAAAUGACGUCGUCGUCGGCGGCGCGGAGAUGAUAGCGCAAACCGCACCGAUUGCAGCAUUGUCGGCGGAUGGACGCGCCAGCCGCUGGAAAGCCCGAAUCCGGAGGAAAGUACGAAGAAGCCGGUAAUCACUGCCGUCGUUGUCAUCGCCGCGGGCGGCGCAGGACUACCGAGUUGACGAAAGUUGGCCGAUACGCGAGAAGAAAAAGGGAAAGGAAGAAGCGAAUUAAGCAAGCAGCGAACAGCGACGCGAGACGCUCAUUAGUUAAUCACCGUCGUCGCGGUUAGUCGAGACGUAGAGGAAGACGAAGAAGAAGUGGGAAAAAAAGGAAGCAGGAGGAACACCCGUCGGUGGGAGGAACAAUCGUAUAGUGAGGGGAAAAGUUGGUUCGUCACUGAAGACAUAAAUGUUAAAAGACGUAGACGACGUCCAGUCACGCGAGCGUCCCCAUCGUCGAUAAAUUCGACAUCCUAAUCGCGAAUCCUAUUCAAUCAUCGUGAGUAAUUGUUCGGGAAAUACACGAUAUCGAUCGCGACGCGACAGUAUUGCUGUCGUGAAUUAUUUCGCAAGUAUUUUGAACAGAUCGAUAGAUUACACAGUGGUAUCGUUAAAAAAAAGUAUAUAUUUUUUGUAAAAAUACACUCGACAAUAUUCAAAUACGAAGCCAACAAGUAUUUAUAUUUUGGUUAAUUUGUACUUUCCGGACACUUUGAAGAAGAUUAUUUGGCGAUUAUCUUGAUAUGAUUGAGACUAUUCGAUGAGAUUUCUACUUGGGUUACACCUCGUACUUUGAUCAUUCUAAAUAAAUUUUUUAAAUCACUUGAUAGAAUCCUUAAUUCGAUUGCCUUGCGACAGUCCCGACAAAAUCUAAUAGACUGGCCAGUAGAAUCUUGAUCUUUUUACUACGCGCGCCUUGAUCACCCCGAAGAGACUUGAAAUCGCUGGUGAAAUUUUUAUCUUCGAAUAUUUCACGAAUAUUCCAAAGGGAUUUAAAGAGCCCAUCGAUAAUCGAUAGCGGUAUGUAAUCCCGAGGGAAAGUACGAUAUAGUGCGGUUUAUCGUGAGUUUGCGUAAAACUUUCCCUCGAUCGUGAAGAAUAUCGAUCUCUCGCGAGUGUUGCAAAUUGUGUUGGUGAUUUUCUUCGGGAAGCUGGACAGAUGUGCUCCGUCGUGAAGAUGAUACGUCACGUAGUCGUCGCCGCCUUUCUCAUUGUGCUCGCCAGCGGAGCGCCGGGAUCUUCGAUCAUCUAUGCGGAUGACAAAGUGCAAAAUUAUCUUAUGAAAUUCGGUUACUUACCUCAGACUGAUUUGGAAACAGGAAAUCUGCGGAUGGAAGGCCAACUCAGGGAUGCUAUCAAAAAUCUUCAGAAAUUCGGUGGUAUUCCCGUGACGGGGGAGAUUGACGAGGCAACAAAGAAGUUAAUGAAGGCCAGGAGAUGCGGAGUAUCGGAUCAUCCAGAUCCCAGAUUCGUCAAGACAAGGCAUAAGCGUUUCACCAUCCAUGGACAACAAUGGCCGUAUCGAAAUCUCACCUGGAGCUUAAGAACCGAGCAGCCUAGCGGCCUGGACACUGGCGGGGUUCGGCUGGAGCUGAGUAAGGCCCUCGAUCUCUGGGCCAGGAAUUCGAAGCUCACCUUCCAGGAGAUCAACAGUGACCAUGCCGAUAUCCUGGUCUACUUCCACCGGGGUUAUCAUGGAGACGGAUAUCCGUUUGAUGGCAGAGGUCAGAUCCUGGCUCACGCAUUCUUCCCGGGCAAGGAUCGCGGUGGAGACGCUCACUUCGACGAGGAGGAGAUAUGGUUGCUGGAGGAUGAGAGCAACGAGGAAGGCACUAGUCUAUUCGCAGUGGCCGCUCAUGAAUUCGGCCAUUCCCUGGGAUUGGCACACAGCUCGGUCCAAGGUGCUCUCAUGUAUCCAUGGUACCAGGGACUGAGCCCCAACUACGAGUUACCGGAGGACGAUCGCCACGGGAUUCAACAGAUGUACGGGGCUCCUGAAGGCAAACUGUGGGGUAACAUACCAGGUGGUCCGCUGCCACCAGAACAACCACUGCUGCCAACAACUACAACGACGAUGACGACGACGACGACAUAUAGGCCUUGGAGGACGAGGCCCACCAGGCCCAAUCACUAUCCGGACGACGGCAGGCCUCGACAACCAGGUCGUUACCCACAGAAACCCGACUAUCGGCCGCAUAAACCCCAUCGACAUCACACGACAUGGUUAACGACGACGACGACAACGACAACGAUGAGGCCCACGCCGAGGUUUAGACAUCGGUGGACUCCUCCACAACGGGACGACGUGCCCGACAAGUGCGAUACGAGCUACGACGCCAUCAGCAUCAUCCGUAGAGAAGUUUUCAUCUUCAAAGGACGAUAUCUAUGGCGAAUAGGCGAUCAGGGGAUCUAUGAAGGAUAUCCGGCAGAGAUCACGAGGUUAUUCAAUCUGCCAUCGGGCAUCGAUCAUGUAGACGCCGUGUAUGAGCGACCGGAUAAGAAAAUAGUCUUCUUCAUUGGUCGCGAGUACUACGUCUUCAAUGCCAACAAUCUGGAACCGAGUUAUCCAAAACCACUUACAUAUCUAGGAUUGCCAGCUUCCUUGGAGAAGAUUGACGGCGCUAUGGUGUGGGGCCACAACGGCAGGACUUACUUCUUCAGCGGCUCCAUGUAUUGGAGGUUCGAUGAAUCUGUUAAUUAUGUGGAACUCGAUUAUCCCAGAGAUAUGAGCAUGUUCGCCGGCGUUGGCAAUGACAUCGAUGCCGUUUUCCAAUGGAAAAAUGGCAAGACGUACUUCUUUAAAGGCAAGGGUUUCUGGGAGUUUGACGAUCUCAGAAUGAGGGUUGCGCACGAGAAACAAAAAUUGUCGGCGCCGGUCUGGAUGGGUUGUUCGCCACCGGAAGUGGAGACUAACGACAUCGAGACUAACCUGCCUAGGAAGUCGAGCAUUGUCUCGGAAGCCGCCACGGGAGAAAUCAUGUCGAUAUUUGCCAUAGUCGUAGCGAGUUUCGUCAUGAGGAUAAUGUACGUGUAAAAAUAGAGAUUAUAUAUAACGUACAUGUCCCUUCCAGCUGAUGAUGUGCAACGAAGAGAUUUUACCUCGUAUAUGGGAAUUUCUCGUGCGAAAUACGAAUACCAGAAAGUCAACCGGAUUCUUAAAGCGCGGACGUCGACAGAUCGACUAACACCGGAGAUGGAAGACCAACUGUUCGUAUAUAUCGGUUGGAGUUUCAAAGGAAUGCCUGCGGCACGGAUGGAUCAUAGCUAUCGGAAUCGAUCUCGUCGUUGAGUCUUCCGAUGGAGAAAUCGCGAUAGCAGUACAAACGAAGCUCCAAGAAUGAUAUCGAACUAAGUCACGAAGCUACAUUUUCAUAGAAGAUAUAUGAAAUGGCAACGAAUUAUAACAUUUUUAAAUAUAUGAUAUUACGAGGAAAAAUUUUUUCUGUAUAUCUUUUACUUA